AUGGAAGAUCAAGUCAUCUCCAAGGACACGCUCGGCAACACGUCGCUGCACUACGCCGUCAUCCAAGAGUGCGACGACCUCAUCGAGAGUCUCUUCAAGAAGGGCGCGCUCACUGCGAUCCGCAACAACGCGGGCGACACACCCGUGGACCUCGCCAACGACGAGUCAAUGCGCGAGCUCUUUGCCCCCGGCGCCGUCGUCGCCGUCCCUGCGGACCGCAGCUUGCUCCCGCGGCCGUCGGGUCCGCUCAAGGUGCGCGACGACACGUACGUCUCGGUGCUGCUGAGCGCCGUCGCGAUUGCGGGUGGCGUGAUGCAGACGCCCCACUUCCGCAUCUACUCGAUGGACCCGCGCCGCGCGGUGGUCGACACACCGCAGACGACGCCGGAUGCGCUGAUCCAGGACGGCCCGAGCCUCUGGUUUGGCAAAACGUGGCAUCUCCAGGUGCCGCUCGAGCACAUGACGGAAGGCUGCGUCGCGGUCUUUGAGCUGCUUCGGUACGACUACCACACGGACGGCCCGGAAGUGUUUUGCUGGACCUUCUUCCGCUUGGAUCUGAGCAAGAUCACGAGCGCGCCGCUGACGUUUGAAAUGUACUCGCCACCCGUGGACCCGUACAGCCAGAUCCUUGCCCGCAUGCCCGGCGACUCGUUCUUCCAGGCCGAGCUCAACAUCUCGUUGUAA